UACUAUAUCAUACAUUAAUUACGAAACUUAAAAUUCUAGGAAGCGAAUCGAACAAGUUCCCGGCUCUACCAAUCAGCGACUGACGUCUCGUUGUUUACACAUUUCACAGUCGUGAAAGUUGAAAGCUUCGGGGAGACUUGCAGAAGUACAAAAUGCGUGUAGAUCUUGGAUUAAUCAUCUUGUUGGCGGCUUGCUCAGUAGCUUCUGCAGAAGAUGAAAAGAAGAAAGAGAAAGUAAAAAAACUGCAAAUUGGUGUUAAAAAACGUGUAGAUAACUGCACUCUCAAAAGUCGUAGAGGAGACCUACUACACAUGCAUUAUGCAGGUAAACUAGAAGAUGGCACAGAGUUUGACAGCAGUUAUCCUCGUGGCCAACCGCUCACAUUCACCUUAGGUUCUGGACAAGUGAUUAAAGGCUGGGACCAAGGCCUCAUUGGAAUGUGUGAAGGAGAGAAGAGAAAGCUAGUAAUUCCAUCUGACCUCGGCUAUGGAGCCUCUGGUGCCCCCCCAAAGAUCCCCCCACAUGCGACCUUGGUCUUCGAGGUCGAGCUUGUCAAGAUUGAGCGUAAAGAAGAACUCUGAAAGGAAGCAACAAACAGUUUGUAUUAUGAUACAUUAUGAUAUUUUUUCAAUAUGAUGUCAUUUGCUAUCUUGUUUUCAAGGUAAGCUUUUACUGCCAUUUAAAGUAAAACCAUUGUGAAACUUUUGACAUUGAUAUGAUGUGCUUGAAGUUUAUUUUAUAUUUCUGUAUUUAAACAAGAUCACAACUUUUGAAAGAUGUUAUUCAUUAAUGUAAACAGUUUACAUCACCUGCAAAAUGAAGUGAAUCCCUUCUCUACCAUCUGUACUAAAUAAAUUCUGGAUUAAAAUGAGUGUCUUUAUUACUAGUGUCCAUUGGUGUUAUUUUUCAUCCAUAGGAAAUGUGUAUUUUGUGUGUUUCAUUGAAUUAUUGCAAAUGUUUAUUUUUUUGUGGUGGUAAUGUACUUCCUUGCAUUUUUUUGCAAAUUAUUUUAGCAUAUCUUGAUAUUAGGUGUGUGCAUCUUUUCAAAGUGUACCAUUAAGUAAACUUAUAAUGGAUGUAGAGUAAAGGUUUAUAAGUUUUCAAUUUUAUGUUCAUGACACCUUAAAUAACCCACCUACAUAAGGCUCCAUGUUGUUGACACAUAUAUGAUAUCAUAUGCAAGAGUAAAUGAAUUAUCUUUCCUGUAAAAUUUGAAAAAGAGAGGAUGAUUAAAAUAUAUUUUUUAAAACUACCACUACCUCAAAUGACUUAUGAAUGAAAUAGUUUACUCUGUCAUUAAAUAGUUUGGUGAAAUGUCCCAUUCUACAAGAUCAUUUGUAGAAAGAAAGGAAAACAGCUCUGUACUUGUUUCAGAUGGCUCCCAGAAGGCCUUGAUUUUUCUGUUCUCAGUGAAACUUCCAUUUUUCUGCCUGAGAACUGUUCAUUUGUAGCAUAACUGAUAUAGCAUUUCACUAAGCUUCUCUUUUGGAAUUUUUGGUGGCUGAGUGUAUGAUUACAUGUAAUAGCUUUGUAUAGAAUGUUAAAAUGUCAAUCAGUGUUCACAGAGUGAUAAAAUGGACCAGAUAUAUGGAUGUUGAAUUGACUUACCUCAAUUACCUCAAUUAGGAUAUUUAGAUUCGGUUUUCUUAGUUUCCUUGCAGGAUCUUUUGAAGAAGGUUGUUUUUCCUUCAGGAAUGAAAUAAGAUAUGCAUAUGUGAUAAGAAGUAAAAAGUGGAGCCAUCUUCCAUUUGCAUAAGUACAAGUAACAAAAUUCUUUUCAUUAGAAAAAGAAGGCAUGAAUGAAAUAAUUAUUAUUAAUUUAGAAAAAAAAUUGAUGUAGCUGAUUUGUUGAUUAGUUAUAGCAUCAUUAAAGAAAUCUCUACAAAGUACUAGUCAACCAUUUAUUAUGCAUUAUAGAUAUAUUUAUGUACUCUGAAUCCACCACGGAGAAUACAAAUGAUAUGGUAGCGAAAUAAUUCUGUACCUAUAUUUCUUAAAUUUUACUGUAAUCCUUCUCUUCAAGGAUUUUAAAGGGGAUAGUCAGAACCAAGAAAAGAAAUAAUAGAAAACAAACUCAUAUGAUGAGGUUAAUCAUAGAUGAAAAUUAAUAUGAUUAGUAUUUUUGAUGAUAUUCACCUGUAUUGUAGCCACUCAGUGCAUUUUUUUAUUUAUUUUUAUUUUUUUAUUUUUUUAUUUUUAUUUAUUUAUUAUUAUUUUUUUUUGAGACUUAUGAGAGGCAUUGAUGAUAUUCCAAAAGCUCAUCUCUCUAGUUGCAUCUCUAGCUCCUAUCUUGUACAUCUUUCUCUCUUGUUCAUUCAUGUCUCCAUGUUCUCUCUCUAUCCAUUAUUCAGUCACCCAUUCUCUUUCUUUUUUUUUAUCCCUCUUUUAUUAAUUUUCUGCCUCUAUAUCUCAUUUAUUCUGCAUGUAUUGUCUCUUGAACCUGUUCUUUCCUCUUUUACUUUCAUUUAUUUUUUCAUCCAAUCUCUUUCCCUCAUUCUGUCUGUCUUAAUCGUAUAUAUCAUCAGCUUCCUGGUCUGCUGGAUCUUCUAAAUUUUAGUACUCAAAGUGAUUGAAUCCACGCUAAACUUGUUCUGCAGCAUCUUCACCUCUUCUACUACAUCAAUGUCAUCCUUUGUGUAUCAAAUUUUGAAAAAUCAGGCAGAUCUGAGAAAAACUUAUUGAUUUUAUGUCAGAUAUUGUAAUAACAUCAACUAAUUGCCUACAGUGACAUCAUCAAACCUUACCAUUUCUUUAAGGGAUUAAUUUUUAAUCCCUUAAAACUUCAUACAUUAUAUAUAUUUGUGGUAUUAGAUGAUACUAAAGGAUGGAUUUUGAUAAAAUAAAGUGGUCCUGGCCAUCAACUUUAAUUCAAUGUUGUCAUUGAAUAUUAGAGGGGGAAAUUUUUGAAAGUAGCAAAAUGAAAAUGUUUGAAGCAAAAAUUUACUUCUAUUAAAGAACACUGACAAUCAGCAGAAUACAAAUGUAUUUCACCAUUUUAUAUCAUCAAAGGUAGCAUACUGUAUGCAGUGUACCUUUCUGUUUUCCAUUUGUUCAAUCUUUGCUCUUAGAAGAGAUUUAGAGUAGAUUUCUCAAAACUAGAAUUUGAGAAAAAAAAGUCAAUUCCUCACUGCCACUGUAAUUCAAAUAGUUAGGGAAACUAACUUUCUUCAUAUUAUGAGAUCCCAGUAUCAGAAAUAGUGAAUUAUGAGCAUUACAUGUUUUAUGUUAAAACUGUGAGUUUUGUUGCUAUAUAUUUCUGGACAAAUUGUGAGUAUACUGGUCCGAAUUUGUAACAUGCCUGAACUACAAAUGUAUAUUUGAAUUUGCCCAUGCAAUAAAUAGAAGAUAUGUUAAAAAAAAGGCAGAAUGUGUUUCUUUAGGAUAUUACAAUUAAAAAUA